AUGUUAAACGGGCAUACUCAACAAGAUACUAAUGAGAUUGACGCAACGAAUGGAUUAUUUUCAAUGGACGACCUAUGUGAAUUUGACAUGGGCAAAUAUACAGUGAAAAUGCUCACAGGUUCAGAUCGUCUUUAUAAAUUAAAAACUGAUCGUCAUGCUCGAUUAAUGGAUUCCAUGGCAAUGUAUAGAAAAGAAAAACGUUUUUGUGAUGUUGUUCUAUGCGUUCAAGGUGUACAAUAUCCAGCACAUAAAGUUGUUUUAGCAUCCGUAUCAUCGUAUUUUGCUUCGAUGUUCGGUCAAUCUGGUCAUAUUGAAGCAUUUACAACAGAAGACAUCGAUUUAACUAAAUUGGUGCCUUGUCCUUGCGCAAUGAAUAUGAUAUUGGAUUUUAUGUAUACAUCGCGAAUAAAACUUGACGAUAAAUCGGUUAUGCCUAUAUUAACAUGUUCAAUUCCAUUAUUACUGGAUGAUUUAACUGAAUUGUGCAUUGCUUAUCUUCGUGAUAGUUUACAUGCAUCAAAUUGCGUUGGAUUACUAUUGUAUGGUAAACAAUAUUUGUGUUAUCCUUUAAUUGAAGCAGCUGAAAAUUAUAUUUUCGAACAUUUUGAAGAAGUUGUAAGACAUGAAGAGUUUCUUUCUUUAAGUUCUGCUGAUUUAUUCGCAGUAAUUAAACAUGAUGAAGUCAAAGUGGAAUGUGAAUCAAUUAUAUAUAAUGCAGUUAUGCAAUGGGUUCGACAUAAUCCGUUAGAUAGACGUGCAGAACUUGCAGAACUAUUUCCAUGUAUACGUUUUCAGCUUCUUGAACCGUCAUUUCUUAAAAAAGCUAUGACCUGUGAUGAUUUUUCACAGCCUGAUAUGGAACCGUAUCGAGACUACUUGUCAAAUGUGCAUGAAAAACUUAUAUCACAUCGAUAUUGUCGUUUACCACCGCGCCGUGCGCCCAUUAAGCCACUUGUUAUUUAUUGUGCUGGUGGUUAUUAUAAGAAAUCAAUUAGUACUAUGGAAUGUUACUUUUUAGAAACAAAAACAUGGAAGCAAUGUGCAGAUUUACGAGUACCAAGAAGUGGUGUUGGUGUUAUUUCACUGCAUAUGAGAGUUUAUGUGAUUGGUGGACGACUUAAUACGAAAAACGAAAAUAAAGAUUGCAGCGAUGUUGAGCGUUAUGAUCCAUUUAUGAACAAGUGGACAUCCGUGCCGUCAAUGAUUUACGCUCGAAAUCGUUUGGGUGUGGGUGCUAUUGAUUGUAAUAUUUAUGCUGUUGGCGGCUCAUGUGGCCAACAAAUAUAUUCAUCUGUUGAAGUUUAUGCAGCAGCAGCGCCACCAUCAUCUCCUCAAUCUUGGGUAGAAGUAGCUCCGAUGCAUGUUCCACGUAUUGGUCUUGCUGUAUGUACACAUAGUCGACUUAUGUACGCGAUUGGUGGUUUCGAUGGACAUCGACGAUUAGCAGAAGUUGAAUCUUAUAAUCCUGAUACAAAUAUAUGGACACCCGAACAACCACUUCGUAUUGGCAGAUCCGGUGCAGCCGCUGCUUCCCUCGGUGCAUGUAUAUAUGUCGUUGGUGGCUAUGCCUCGGAUAUCAAUGAAGGACCCUUACAACUUGAUUCUGUCGAACAAUAUAAUACAUUAACUCAACAAUGGACUUUGGUAAAAUCAAUGAAUUGUCGUCGAUCAGCACUUAGCUGUGUUACGUUAGAUAACCGCCUAUUUGCCUUAGGUGGUUAUGAUGGAAAAAAUUUUUCGUUGGUUGUUGAAAUUUAUGAUCCAGAUAAAGAUGAAUGGACUCCAGGAACAUCUCUAACACGAGAGCGAAGUGGCCAUGGUAGUGCACUGACUGUUGAACCAACAUUAGAAAUUGAUCAAUAA